AUGUAUAUGGGUCAUCAGUACACUCUGCAGUGUACAGUCCAGGAAGUUCCUCCUAUUGGUAACCUCACUGUGACCUUCUACCAUGGACAGACAUCACUGGGUCAACAAAAUGUCAAGAAUAAACCAGUGGAGACACCAGUUAAUGAGACCUUCACCCUGAACAUCAACCCUAGUAAAGAUGAUGGAGACCUGUACUGGUGUGAAGCCAAGCUAGACCUGGGAGCUGAAGGACUACAGUCUCCUCCAGUGGUGUCGUCACAAAGCAUCACCGCCACUGUUUACUAUAAGCCUGAACUGAAGGGGUCUUCACAUCCAGAUAAUAUCAACGUCACAGCAGGAAGCCCCCUACACCUGAACUGCUCUAGUGAGGGAAACCCCAGCCCCUCAUACACCUGGACGCUCCCGUCAGCCAGUCGUUCCCCCUACAAUGGCAGCACUCUCGAUAUUAAGUCUGUAACUUCUAUGGAUGGAGGACAGUACCUGUGUUUGGUCCAAAACGCUGCGGGGAAUGUUACUGUGAAGUUUACUGUGGAUUUCUACAAGCCUCCAAAAAAUGUCCAUCUCAGCUUCCUAAAUCACUCUGGGCCGAUGUUUGAGGGUCAUCAGUACACUCUGCAGUGUACAGUCCAGGAUGUUGCUCCUAUUGGUAACCUCAAUGUGACUUCUACAGAGGACAGACAGAACUACAGAGACUACAGUCCAGCAGCAACACAACAAAGGAGCCAGUCAAUGAGACCUUCACCCUGGACAUCAACCCUACUAAAGAAGAUGAUGGGGUCCAGUACUGGUGGGAAGCCAAACUCGACCUGGGAGCUGAAGGACCACAGCCUCCUCCAGUGGUGACAUCAG